CCCACAAUCCCGGAAUAAGGAAGAGAUUUCGCAGAGAGGAGGAAAGUCUGUUGACAGCAGAAAUCACACCCAGUUUACAGACAAGUUUGAACAUUUUCUGUCUUAUUGAACUCACCUCGGAUCGCACUGUGGUGUUUGGACCUUGCAGGAGCUUUCAAGGUAUGGAAUAUGGCAACGACUGAAACGCAGUUCAUGUUAAGCGUCGGGUUAAUCGAGAAAGAUGUGAAUGGAGACACAUUGUGGGUGUGGUGUUAUCCAUCUGUGGGCUCUGAACUGAGGCAAGUCCUGCUCAGCAAGUGUUGUCUGACACAGGAUAGCCGAAAUUUCCACACCUUUGUCUUUGGUCAGUUCUGUCGUACCUGGUACUACAUCACCACAGCGGAGGUGCAGGAACCUACAGCACUGAACAAGGUCACUCAUUUUUCCAUAGCUGUUACAGCAAAAGACUUCAACCCUGAGAAGUAUGCAGCAUUCAGCAGAAUACUCUGCAGGAUGUACAUCAAACAUGGCAGUCCAGUGAAGAUGAUGGAAGCCUACAUCACUGUCCUCACCAAAGGAAUCUGUCAGAGCGACGAAAACGGCUCGUUUCUCAUUAAGGAUCAUGAUGUUCGGAAAGCGUACUUGGCAGGUUCAAUCAAAGAUGUGGUGUCUCAGUUUGGCAUGGAGACAAUCAUCCUGUACACCGCUCUGAUGCUGAAGAAGAGGAUCGUCGUCCAUCACCCUCGGAUCGAAGCGCUGCUGGAGUUUACAAGAGUUCUGCCGGCGCUGACCUGGCACAGGAAAGACUGGUCCAUCCUCCACCCGUAUGUGCACCUGACCGAUGCUGAACUUGAGGAUUUAAAGAAAUGUCCUGGAUACAUCGCAGGAUUUGUAGAUCCAGAUGUCAGCAACAGAUCGGACUUGUUCGAUGUGUUUGUGAACCUCUCAGACAGUGUCAUCACAGUAUCCCAGAGUGCCAAAGAAGCCAUGGCGAUGGGGAAGUUGCAUAAGGAGAUUGGGCAGCUGAUCGUUCAGUCUGCAGAGGAUCCUGAGAGUUCAGACAGUCAGGUCAUUAAGGACAUUUCUGUCAAGACAAAGGAGAUCCUUGCCAACCUGGUUGCCCUGGCUAAUGAGUGUGAAGACUCUAAAAUCACUCUGGAAGGUUUAAAGCAGCAUCAUUUCCCUCCGGCCACAGAGAACUUCCUCUUUCAUUUGGCAGCUGCCGAGCAACUCUUAAGGAUAUAAACAUGUUUUCAGGUGCUCCACUGCAGGGUGACAUCAGUGAGCAUCCUCUUCAGUGUAGAAUUUUCGAUCAUUACGGUAUGCUGAAAGCCACUUCCUUACAGCGAUCUUAAAGAGAGGAAAAAAAAGUGUCACUGGCAUCAGGUUUGAUCAAGGUAGCUCUUGUAACAACACCGGGACCACAGAAUGAGAGGAUAAGCUUGACAGUAUUCAACAAUUUUAUGGCUGACAAAUUCCAUGAAAAGACCAAAACCAAAUGCAUCCAAAGCAUGAUCUUCUCCGUACCAUAGAGCUUCACUGUUUCCAUAAGGUUGCUAAAGCACAACAACAAGCAAAUGGCACAUCUGUCAGUGUGAUGAACUGGCCUCUGGACAAAAAGAAUGAGGGUGAAGAUUCGAGAACUCAAGGACAAUACACAAACCAUAGUGACCUGUCAAUCACAUGGUAGCUCUACCAGAAAGCACACUCUGAGUCAGUUUUACUCUAAACACAACCGUGAUUUAUUAUAUUCAUAAAGUCUGGAAACAAGCAACUGAGACCAUAAACUCAUUGGGAAAAUGUUUACGUAAGUAACAAAUCAAAUGAAAAGUAGGUUCAUUUUCUCAUAGGCUUCUAUACAAUCUGACUCCUUUUUGCGUUGUGAAGAGUCGCCUCCUGCUGGCUGUUAGAAAGAAUGCAGGUUUAAAGGGAUAGUUCGGGAUUUUUGACAUGAAUCUCUAUGGCAUCCCUAUCAUUAGUAACGUACACUCUCACUGUCUUACCCCCGACAGUGUCCCGUGAGCCGAGUUCUGGUCCGGUUCUGGUCGCGGCGAAAGUAGUCCGGCAAGUUUCCAGGGUCACUUAAAUAAAACGUAUUUCUUCUAAAAACAGCAUGUGUUCAAAAGAGUGAUUUAUUUGCAUAUCAACACAUGUAUCAAUGCGCGCUGUCCUCCAGGCAGCGCGCAUUGAUUGCGCAUGUGUUGUUGAUAUCAACACAUGUACGCAGCAGUCAGCUGGAGGACAGCGCGCAUUGAUACGACGGGACAGGAAGUAGUGCCAAGUGAUUACGUGGUGUGACUUUUUCGUGGAAAUGGGUUUUGUGAUGCAAAUAAAUCACUCUUUUGAACACAUCCUGUUUUUAGAAGAAAUACGUUUUAUUUAAGUGACCCUGGAAACCUGCCGGACUACUUUCGCCGCGACCAGAACCGGACCAGAACUCGGCUCACGGGACACUGUCGGGGAUAAGACAGUGAGAGUGUACGUUACUAAUGAUAGGGAUGCCAUAGAGAUUCAUGUCAAAAAUCCCGAACUAUCCCUUUAAGGCACUCAUAUUCAAUCCACUUUUCAGACCUUGUCCAUAUGUAAUCUACUUACCAGGCGACUCUCCCAUAGCACUGUAUUAAUACGCAACUGAAAGUAGUUCCCUACAAAUGCACUACUGGUUACUGUUUGGGUAGUGUUUUCUGAAGUCCUCAGUGCCCACCUGUUUAAGGAAGCUAUAAAGCCUGCAUUUUAAAUCGCAUAUUUUUUCCCUUUCGAUACAUAUUGCAGCUUAAAGUACACACAGAUGCAUUAAUACAAUUGGAACAUAUUACUUUGUCAUAACAUUGUGCCUUGCUCAUAUCCAUUGCAGUCUCAGCAGCUCAAGUUCGUUACACCAUGAUGUGACUUUUCUCUGCUGCACAAAGGAUUGUGGGUGAGAACAGACAGAAAAACAUGCCGUCUUGUAUACUGCAAAAUGUGAUGGGAUGUCACAGGACAUCCUGGUGUAGUUGGGAUACUGUAUUUGACAUAUUAUGUACUGGGACACACUAAAUCUUUAUUUGACAUGCUACAUAGAGGCACCAAUGUAAUGGAUUAAUUUCAGUACUCAUAAUACCAGACUGUUUUCAGUAGGGUCCAACAGACUUUCUUUGGGCUGACUGCUGCAGACAUAAAGAUGAACCAGCGCAGUCUUGGUUGUGGUCUUUUCAUAGGAUUUGUUGACCAAGCUACAAAACAAUGCAAGUGUCAUCCUCCAACAUGGGCAAUAAGGAGCUACAGUUUUUGUCUGCAACAUUGUGAAGUAAAGACAAAUGAGCUGAUCAGCUGGUACAUCUGCCAGUGUUUUCCAGAUGUUCUCUCCACAGUGCAAACCUCCAAACAUCACAAAUCUUGGAUGAAAUCAGUGGGUGCUCACUGUGAAGAGUCUCACCCUGAUGCACCACCGUUCAAAAGUUUGGAGUCACUUAGAAAUGUUUUUAUUUUUGAAAGAAAAGCAGUUUUUUUUCAAUGAAGAUAACAUUAAAUUAAUCAGACAUACAGUCUAGACAUUGUUAAUGUGGUAACUGACUAUUCUAGCUGGAAACGGAUGAUUUUUAAUGGAAUAUCUCCAUAGGGGUACAGAGGAACAUUUCCAGCAACCAUCACUCCUGUGUUGUAAUGGUACAUUGUGUUAGCUAAUGGUGUUGAAAGACUAAUUGAUGAUUAGAAAACCCUUGUGCAGUUAUGUUAGCACAUGAAUAAAAGUGUGAAUUUUCAUGGAAAACAUGACAUUGCCUGAGUGACCCCAAACUUUUGAACAGUAGUGUAUAUCUGAAAUAACCCAAAUGUGACAAGCACUUACUAUUACUGAGUUAGUUGAUAGAAACUGCGUUGUACGUGGUUAUCGGAUCACAACUGCAAUAGACAUUGCACACGUGUUUUUUUUGCUUUGUUUUUUCUACGUGUCACAUCUGUAUUGUACUAAUGACAGUGCCACACAAGUGAAAUACAAGGAAACUGUGUUGUGCUAUGAGACUUUUUCAAACACUUUUAGAAAAAGGUUCAAAUGGUUGAUGUUUCACUCAUCAAGCUUCACUCACCAGCCUCUUUAAUAGGUGUGAAAUGUAUUUCAGUCCAGUGGAACAGCUGUGCCACAAAUUCGACUUUGACUUUACUUUUUUGUUAUUAUUGAGGCCAUGGUGGGUGGCAGCAGUGUACUGGACUGUAUUACAUUGAAAAGUGUUCCUAAUAUUUUUAAUUUCAUAAGUGUACCUAUUAAAUUGGCCAGUGAGUGUAUGUUGCAUUAUAUGUCUCACUGUUUAGGGUCUGUUUUUUAUUCAGUUAGAUUCCUGUUGAGUACAUUUUCUGCCACAUUGCCAAACAGAUGGUUUUGUGCCAAAGUAUUUCAGAUCUCAGCAAGAAUAUUACAGAGAAACGCUCAUGUAACUUUCAAACUAAAUGUAUUUUCAUGAUGUAAGAUUUGCUAUAUCUAUAAAUACAUCUAAUGUUCCAACUAAAUAAAUUUACUAUCAAAAGUA